AUGGAAAUCAGGGGAACACCAAUGUACAUUGCACCGGAAUCAGCUACAAGAAAGGAAUACAGGGCAGCGGCGGAUAUCUGGGCAUUUGGGUGCACUGCGGUAGAAAUGAUUUCUGGUCGGUCUCCAUGGCAGUGCACCGAUCAAUCAGAAAUGGGGAUUUGGGGUCUGCUGAUGAGAAUCGGAUCCGACGAUGAGCUGCCGGAGAUCCCUCCGACGAUGUCGGAGGAGGGGAAGGAUUUCCUCCGGCGUUGCUUUGUGAAGGACCCCAACAAUCGAUGGACUGCAGAGAUGCUCUUAUCGCACUCGUUCGUCGAUCUCUCAUCAGCAUCAAAAAUUGAAAAGGAAGACAUUGCUUGCUCUGCGCGAUAUAGAACUCCAAUGAGCGUGCUGGGCGUUUCAUUCUCUCCGGUUCAAUCGACUUUUGAUGGAACGAAAAUGUUGGAUUUGGUUCUAUUAGAGGAAGAUGAAGAUUGGGCGAGAGAAAGAAUUAGAGCAAUGGCGUCGGAGGAGGGGAGGCCAAAUUGGGCAAGCUGCUCGCCGGAGGACGGAAUGUGGAUUACUGUGAGAGAGGCGAGCACGAGCGAUAGAGUUGAAUACGAAGGUGAAGAUAAACUUGGUGUUUCUUCACCGUCGUUGGCGUCUAUUUCUAGCUCUGUUUUUAAGAAAAGGAGAAGGAUUAAUUAUGACACCGGGAUCAUAAAUAAUUCUCUUAGCUAUGGAAAAAAAUAUUUAAGAAUAUUCUGA